AACAUCAGAAAGUGCCAAAAACAUCGUAAAAAGCGCCAAAAACUUCAGAAAAGGUGGCAAAACAUUGAGUAAAGCAUCAAACCCGUUAAAACAAAGUGCCUAAAGCAUUGAAAAAAAGUGCAUAAACUGCCGGAAAAGUUGCACCAUUUGCUGGAUGGUUUCACGAUAACGGUCGGCAGCUAACAUUAGCAGAUAAGCCCGUACACUGCAGUAUAUAAGAAGAGGUGAACAAGGCAGGAGUUAUCUGAUUAGGCAACUGUAGGUGAAAUGGGACACCAGUAGUUGGCGGUAGUGCACCGCAAUGGAUGCAAAACGCCGUUAAAAUACACAAGAGGAAGAAGAAGACCAAGAGAAAAAGAAGGCUUCACGAAAGUUAGAGCGCCCAGGCAGACACAGAGGAGACCUGCUGGACUUCAGAGACCGACCGGGGACCACUACAAGAAAGGACAUGGAGGAGGACACCCAGAACCCGGAGCAGCAGAGCAACAGCGUUCCCGAAAGACAAGCAACAGGCCCGUCCUCUGGUACCAACAAUGUUCAGAAACGUGGGGGACAAGAGGCACGUCCCAAGUCUCACCAGGGACUUGAGACUGGAGCGAAACCACACAGCUGCGACCACUGUGACAAAGUUUUCAAAAAGAUGAGUCACCUGAAAAACCACCAAAGCGUCCACACCGGGGACAAGCCGUACAGAUGUGACCAGUGCGGAAAAGGUUUUGCGAGGGCAGGCACCUUAAAAGUCCAUUACGGCAUACACACCGGAGCCAAACCGUAUACCUGUGACCAAUGUGGGGCAGCGUUCCUACACAAGUAUCACUUCCAAAGUCACCAGUACGUUCACACCGGAGAGAAACACUACAACUGUGACCAGUGUGAGAAAGUUUUCACCACUAGAGGUGACCUAAAGAACCAUCAGCGCAUUCACGCGGGGUAUAAACCGCACAAGUGUGAGCACUGCGGGGCAGCUUUCGCGAGGCGCGGGCCGCUGGUUCGCCACCUGCGCAUCCACUCCGGAGAGAAACCGCACUGGUGCAACAUCUGCGGGAGAGUCUUCGCCCGGGGCUACACCUUAGACGUCCACCGACGCACUCCCACCGGAGAGAGACCGUACGUGUGCGACUUCUGCGACAAGGCUUUCAGCACAUCGGGGACCCUGGCGUCCCACCAACGGGUUCACACGGGAGAUAAGCCGCACAGCUGCGACCUGUGUGAGAAAACGUUCAGCAUUCGCGGUAACCUGGAAGUCCACCGCCGCGUUCACACGGGAGAGAAGCCGUACUGGUGUGAAGAAUGCGGGAAGAGCUUUGGUUCAGGGAGUACCCUUAAAAGCCACCAACGCAGUCACAAUAAAAAACAAGAGGCCAAAACGGCAGUCGGCGACAUUAGACAUUAUUGCUAAGGCCAUAUGGCGACCACUUUUUUAAAAAGUUAGCGUUGAGCCCUUUUUGAUCCACCUGAAUUGUGACUUUCUAAGAAAUGAAUGAAAGUUGUAGUACAAUGUUGUACUAUUUUAAAUAGAUUUUAUGAUCUUUUGUUUUUUAUUCCUCUCAAAAUUUGCGUUUAUUUCAGUAAUCAAGAUUUCCAAACUCCAUAGCUAGUACAAAUAAUAACGUCUACAAUGGCUGAUUGUUUUACCGUCCAUUGAUUGGAGUAUUUCCUCGAUGAAUUUUUAUUUAUUUUUUCUGAGGAAAUUGAAUUGCUAAAGAAGGUUGUGGGAUGUGGUCAAAAGCUCCAAAAAGAGAUUAUGUGAGCAUUGCUUGUUGUUGUUGUGAGAGUGAUUUAUUGCAAAUGUGUUCCCAUUGCUUUUGUCAACUUCAUAUAUUUCCUAUUUGGAAUUGUUUGGGAGUUCAACAUUAUACACAAAAAGGGGUCUUUUUGUGUAAUUUUACCUGGCUUUUUGUGGCCUUUGUUUGAGAGGACAGGGAAGGUGGGGGGUGGGGGAAGAGAGGGGAAUGACAUGCAGCAAAGGGCCGCGGGUCGGUCUCAAACCUGGGCCGCCGCGGUACGGACUGAGCCUUGGUACAUGGGGCGCCCCUCCUUUGUGUAUUUUUCAUUAAAUAAUUUUAUGUUACAUUUUCUAUUCACUUUUUAUUUUCUAUUACUGAAUAUGGUUUAAAAACUGAGAAUUGGAUUAAUCAUUUGUUAUCUAACACUAGUAUGAAAUAAUUUUUGCGUUAUUGUAAUGAUUUUUACAUGAAUUGGAAACUUGAGAAAAUCUCAGUUAAUCACAGAAUAUGGUGGGAUGUUAUUUCUUUUUUAAUGAUGAUUAGAUGGUCUGUGUAUUUGUGUGAUUCAGUUUUAUUGGUAUGAAUUAAUAUGUUUUACACAUGCUAGGUCAAGGUUCUAAUUCAUUAAUUCUGUCUGGUUGCCCUUGAUAUGACUGGUAUAAUUCUCAUUCACAUGUUUAUAUCAUAAAGACUUUUAAUCAGAAUUCUGCCUAACUGUAUGUGGAUUGUUGACAUCACUCAUCAUUUAACUGAAUAAUGCAGAAUAAAUUUGAU